AUGAAGAAACAAAUACUUCCACAGGAAGAUGCUGAAUUCCAAUCACAAUUUUUGGAACCUCCGGACUUCUUUGGAAUAGUUACAGACAAAAUUUUUCGAUGCGGUGCACUCUCUCCAACUCAUUUUUCAUUUUUAGAUCUUUACAGCUUCAAAACAGUUCUUUUCUUGGGUGACGACUCACCACAUCCAAGAAUUACAGAGUAUUUCAACAACAGGGAAAUAUCUUAUAUUCGAAUUCCAACACGUUCAAAUACAAAUCGAAUUUUAUGGAGAACUCAAUUGGAUGAACUCGUAAAAAUGACAUUGCAAUAUAUAUUAGAUAAUGAUAAUCUACCUGUUUUAAUAUCAUCUCCAUCAGAACUCUUAGUUUGUACAGUUAUUGGUUGUCUGAGGAGACUACAAAAAUGGAAUGUUAGUAGCAUACUUGAUGAGUUCAGAAGAUUUAGUUCUGAAAUACCACAAACACAAAAUAUUAACUACGUUGAACUUUUUGACUUCGAUCUGAUUGAAAUACCAGAAAAUAGCUUCCUUAAUGGAGCAUAA